AUGAGUUGUCCCCCUUUCAUUCUUGCGACAGUGAUGCCUCUUAAUCAAUUUAGUAGAAAAACAACUUCGUGUAAUUAUCUAUCUAUCUAUCUAUCUAUCUAUCUAUCUAUCUAUCUAUCUAUCUAUCUAUCUAUCUAUCUCAGACUCUCCUCCGUCUCACCUGCUCUAAUCAUCCGCCUCACCUUCUAUUCAUUUCCGCCUCACCUGCUAUCCUCUUCCACCUCACCUGCUAUCCUCUUCCUUCUCACUUUCUCUCACUCUUCCGCUUCAACUGCUACACUCUUCCGCCUCACCGGCUAUCCUUUUCCGCCUCACCUGCUGUCCUCUUCCGACGCUCUUGAUAUCAACUACCGCCACACCUGCUAUCCUUUUCCGCAUCACCAGCUUUCCUCUUCCGCCUCACCAGCUAUCCUCUUUCUCCUCACUUUCUCACUUCUUCCGCCUCACCUGCUACACUUUUCCGCCUCACCAGCUAUCCUCUUCCGCUUCAACUGCUACACUCUUCCGCCUCACCAGCUAUUCUCUUUCAAUUCAUCUCUUAUCCUCUUCCGCCUCACCUGCUACCCACUUCCGUCGCUCUUGAUAUCAACUUACGCCUCACCUGCUAUCCUCUUCCGCUUCGUCUGUUAUCCUCUUUCGCCUCGCCUGCUAUCCUCUUCCGCCUCACCUGCUAUCCCCUCCCGCCUCACCAGCUAUCCUCUUCCGCCUCGCCUGCUAUCCUCUUCCACCUCACCUGCUAUCCUCUCCCGCCUCACCUGCUAUCCUCUCCCGCCUCACCUGCUACCCUCUUCCGCCUCACCUGCUAUCCUCUCCCGCCUCACCUGCUAUCCUCUUCCGCCUCACUUGCUACCCUCUUCCGUCUCACCUGCUAUCCUCAUCCGACUCACCUGCUAUCCUCAUCCGCCUCACUUGCUAUCCUCUCCCGCCUCACCUGCUAUCCUCUCCCGUCUCACCUGCUACCCUCUUCCGCCUCACCUGCUUUGA